AUGUCUCAUAGAAUAAUUGAAAAAAGGCGACGUGAUAGAAUGAAUAAUUGCCUUGCCGAUUUAUCCCGUCUCAUUCCACCGGAAUACCUGAAAAAGGGUAGAGGACGCAUAGAGAAGACUGAAAUCAUUGAAAUGGCAAUUAAACAUAUAGGACACCUUCAAAACAUGAUAGCAACUACGAGAUUUAACGAAAAUUCAAAUGGCUCGGUUCCAUCGCCUCCGGGACCGACAGCGAUGAUUACGAGGGAACCCCCGCCGCCGCCGCCGCCACCGCCAUUAGCCGUCAAUCAACCCGCCGCCGUCGUUGUUGUCACGGCCAAACAUUAUAAAAUGGGAUAUUUGGAAUGCAUGUCGGAGGCUAUGCAUUUUUUAGUAGAAGUUCAGGGUUAUUUUGCCGGAGAUUCUCUCUGCGUUGAAAUGAUAAAUCACUUACGAAAACAUUGUGAUAAAAUUUUAAAAGAAAACAAUUCGAACGGUUUUAAAAAAUACGGAGAAGAUGGUUUAAGCAGCGAUUCGUCGAUAGUGAGUCCCAUAAAUGGAAAUUACAGCAGCACCGAAAGUUCUCCUCCACCCCCGCCGUGUAGACUGUCUAAUUCCACGGGCUCACCGAUUUCCGACGAAAAUCAAUCGAAUCAAUUAAUGGAAAUGAGAACGGGAAUGAUGGACGAGGAUUAUUAUUCUCCGAAAAGAUGUCAGGAAAUUAAUAAUUGCGUUAUGAAAAGAAAUACGGAAUCGUUUUAUAAUAAAUACGUCGAAUAUGAUGGAAUGGACCACGAAAAUCGUUACGAUUCCGAUUCUCGAACGUAUUCGAUCAUGAUGAAAUGUCAGAGUAGAAAAGAUGCAGAGAAAUAUUAUUAUAAUUCGACUGGAACGACGCCUAGCGUCGUUUUUCAAAAAAAUUCUAAAUAUGAAAGUUACGAAAAUUUACCGCUCAAAAACGAAAAUGGUCCGUCGCAAUUGAGAGAAAUGUUGACGUCACCGAGUCCUUUGGGAAACAAUAAUAACAACAACGUCGUUGUCGGUCGUUACGGGAAUGCGAGAUGCGUACCGGAUGUGAAAGGAAACUUUUCGGAAAAUCCUACGGGAAUGAAUGAAAAUUUAAAUAAUAAUAAUAAUAAAUCGAAUAUAAAUAAUAAUAGUGGUAGUAGAUCGUCGUCGAUGGUUGAUUGUCAGGAAAAUGGUGAAAAUCACGGUGGUUUAAUGUAUAAAUUUAAAAAUAACAUAAAACAAAGGUUUUCAAAAGAAAAUGAAGAAAUUAUGGGAGAGAGAAGAGAUGAACAAAUGGUUUCACCAAAGAAACAAAAAAUUGAAAAAUGUUCACUCGUUGUAAGAGAACGUUUAAGUUUGGGAGGGGAGGAGGAAAGGGAAAAGGAAGACCGGAAAAACCGAGAAGAAAAGGAAGUUGAUGACGACCAGGAGGAGAAAAUAUUUAAAUACAAAACGGAUUUAAACGGAAAUAAAAGACUUAUCGAUUCCGAAUCGAUAAUAUACGAUAAAGAAUCGAUAAAUAAAAUAAAUAUUAAUCGGAGGGAGAGUGAAAAUAAAUAUAGAAAUUAUCACAAUUAUCACAACGGUCAAAAAUUAUGGGGUUUGUCACCGCCGCCGCCGCCGCCAUUACCACCACCUCAUCAUCAUCAUCCACUUCCGCCACUUUUACCACCAUCUCAAAAUGUUUCAAUGUGUUCGCCUACGUCAUAUGGACCACCCCAUCAUCAUUCACCGAUGUUAUGUAAAUCCAUAGCGAUUGGGUCAUCGAGACAAGAAUUUUCAUCCGGAAAUACAAAUAAUAAUAAUAAUUAUUCGACGAGAUGUUUAGAAACCGGAUAUGGAAUUCCAAUAUUUGCAUUACAUUCGAAAGGGUCUUUUUACGUGCCAUUGACGUUAGAUCACGCGACUUUAGCACCAUUUUUAAACGUUUUAGGGGUUACGAAAAAAGACAAUAACGAUGAUGAUUUACCUGAAUAUAUACCGGAAUCGUAUUCAAAGCCAACAUUUGAUCCCAAUUUUGGAUUUGAAGCUCCUAGAAAGAAAAGAGAAAUGCACAUAACAGAAGAAGAAAUGGAUGCUCUUAAAAUACCCCCAGAAGAACGAGACUAUUGCACUCAUUUUCUUCGUGAUUAUUAUGAUUGUAUUUACAAUAAAAGGCCUUUGAAUUUUUUAUGUAAUAGAGAAAAACAUGCUUAUAAGCAUUGUAGACAAGAAGAUUUUUAUUUGCAAAUGAAAGAAUUUGAAAGAGAAAAACGAUUAAGAAUAAGACAAAUGAAAUUGGAAGGAAAAUAUGUAGAGUGA